UUUAGUAUUUUCAAAAUACUGUCAAACAGUCACACUGCACGUGCACUAUUAUUAUUUAGCAACGGAAUAUAUUGCCUGUGAUCAGUUUUAGCCUAUUUACAAAAGUUUCUAGAACCCAGUCUAAAUCCACAAUGAGCAGCCAGCGCGGCAAUGUGUCCCGCACACGUGCACAGAAACACAAAAAUCGUCAUGUUUUCAAAAACGAUUUGCACGACAAAACGCCACAACAAAUGCGCCUGAACGCCAUGCACGUGUCCACCGUUUGCCAGCGAUGCAAGGACCAGAUCGAGUGGAAGAUCAAGUACAAGAAGUACAAGCCUCUGACCCAGGCGAAGACCUGCGCCCACUGCAAGCAGAGGACAGUCAAGAAGGCCUACCAUGUCAUCUGUCGCGACUGUGCCGUGAAGGCCAAGAUCUGUGCCAAGUGCCUGAAGUCCGGCGACGAGGUGGCCAUCGAGGCGCCGGAACCAACGCCACAGGAGGAGCAGCAGCUUCAGGUGGAAAUGGACCGACUGAUCAAGUCGUUCUCGGAGCGCAAGCGGCGCGCCUUCCUACGCUACAUGCAGAAGGGCAAAAAGCAGCCGGUGGAGGAGCCCGUGGACGACGAGCAGGAGGCCAAGGCGCAGGAGAAGGCCAAACGAGUGGCGCACACGAGAGAUGAGCUGCUGGACAAAAUCAAACAGUUGAACCUGGCCGCGGAGGACGAUGAGGACGACGAGGACUUCGACGACUUCAGCGACGGGGACGAGGACGAGGAUGACUCGGAAUUCGACUCGGAGGAGGAUGAAGAGGAUAGCGAGGAAGAGCCUGUUAAAAGCAAACCGUCUAAAGCGAAAUAAAUAUUUUUUUUUCUAAAUCUAAAAA